ACAGAAGCAACAAUGUUUUUUCUUAUUUUAGAACAUUUCGUAAAAAAAAACUGAUAAGAACUACAACCAUGUCCCACUUAUUAUACGUCAUCAACAUUGGUCAGGUGACCGUUAGCUUGACUUUCUGGUAUACGGUAUAUUUUUUUGCCAUUUAUCUUUACAUUGUUGACAACUACUUCACGUAUGAUGUCAAACAAAUGCCAGCGUUAAAUAUGACGCGUGGUUUUCUAACAAAUUUUCAUAAAUCCGUCAUUUCUCGCGAUAAACAGGGAUUGCGUUCAAGUCAAACACAAUGGCGCAGAAAAGUUUUUAUCUUGUGUUUUUCCUGCGCUUCUCCGCAGCGUCUGGAUCAUCUUUUGAUAUCCUAGUGGACGUGGGAAGGCCAGAAAGGGAUCUCAUUCACUUCUGGAGAAGCACUGGGUUCUGGUGGGUCCAAUUGAAACAAGCCCGGCUGUUUACUGUCAAAAAUAUAAGCCCCCCACUUCCACACACUCAGUCUGACCAGUUUGACUUGAGCAUCGACCAGCAGCUGAAUCUGGCCUAUUUGGGCUCGGUCCCACAUGGAGGCAUCCAGCAGGUCAGGAUACACUGGAUGUUGGAGCUGGUCACCGCACAAGACAUUGGAGGAAGACCUCAGUAUAACUUCACUAAACUGGAUCAGCUGAUGGACCUCCUGUGGGUUAAUGGACUUCAACCAGGUUUUGAGUUGAUGGGCAGCGUAUCAAACUACUUCACUGACUUUGAAAAUAAGUCACAAGUGGUUGAAUGGAGGAAUCUGGUUUAUCUCAUAGCAAAGAGAUACAUCGAUUUAUACGGGCUGGGAAGCGUUUCUCGUUGGAACUUUGAAACUUGGAACGAACCAAACAACCACAACUUUGAUAAUGUUACCAUGUCAGUUCAAGGGUUUUUAAACUACUAUGAUGCCUGUUCGGAGGGUCUACGGGCUGCCAGCGAACUCCUGAGGUUUGGAGGUCCAGGGGACUCUUGUCAUGCACCUCCCCACUCCCUGUACUGUUGGGCAAUGCUGCAGCACUGCUACAACGGCACCAACUUCUUCACUGGAGAGACGACGGUCAGGAUUGACUACAUCGCCCUGCACAAGAAGGGAGGAGGCUACUCCUUGCCCAUUCUCCAGCAGGAGAUCCAGACAGUAGGGGAGAUCCAGGAGCGUUUCCCCAGGUUUCGCAGCCUCCCCGUUUACAACGAUGAGGCGGAUCCUCUGGUGGGGUGGUCCAAGCCUCAGGUCUGGAGGGCUGAUGUCACCUAUGCUGCAAUGGUGGUGAAGGUGAUAAAGCAGCACCAGGAUCUGCUGCUGGGUAACCCAAACAGCACCAUCAACUACACCCUACUAAGCAACGACAACGCCUUCCUGAGUUACCACCCUCAUCCUUUCACCCAGAGGACACUUACAGCCCGCUUCCAGGUCAACAAUACUCAUCCACCCCACGUCCAGCUCAUCAGGAAGCCAGUCCUCACCGUCAUGGGCCUGCUGGCUCUGCUAGGUGAUACCCAGGUUCUGGCUCAAGUUCUGACCUCAGGAGGUGAACACAGUGACACACUGGGAGUUCUUGCCAGCAGCCACAGGCCUGCGGUUCUGGGCGGCUCAGACAGCUGGCAGACAGCUGUGCUGGUCUACAACAGUGACGACAACAGCACCUCUAACCACACUGAUGAGGUUACAGUUUCACUGAAGGGCCUCGCUGAGCAGAAAGGUCUGGUGUAUGUGACAUAUUACAUGGACAAUAAUGUAACCAACCCAUACCAGCUGUGGCAGAACAUGGGCGGUCCUGACUAUCCCACAGCAGAGCAGUUCAGAAACAUCAGGAAUGUGGAGGAUCCUCGUGUUGAUGGACCCUUUAAAGUUCCUGCUGGCGACACUUUGACUCUAAAAGCCAAACUUCCGGUUCCUUCCAUCCUCCUCGUCCACAUCUGUGCCCAACCCAGAGCCGGACCAGACCAGGUUAAUGGAGUUCGUUUCACCGGGAUCACAGACGGACAGGUGCUCAUCCUCUGGUCCGAUCACUGUGUUGAUUCCAAAUGCAUCAAGACUUUUGAAGUCGAGUUCUCCACGGACAAACAGAAAUUCAGGAGAAUUAAUGUUAAGGACACCAUUUUUACCUCGUAUGUUUAUUCACCAGUGGAUCAGGAGGUCGGCGGUCUGUACAGAGUUCGAGCUGUGGACUACUGGGGACGACCCGGACCGUACUCACUACCUGAGAGGUUUACGAAAACGGAGUAGCGCUCGGUCUGAGUGUUGUCAGAGUGUUGGGAGUUAGGUGGUACAACCCCUUUCAUACUCACCAGUCAGCUUAUCGUGAACUACUAGUUACUGGUUGGGUAUUGUCCAGUCGCAUGCAGACAUUGUGAACACUGAGCGCCAUUUGACCGGGAUACAGAAAUCAGUGGAACACUAAUGGGUAUGUGAUCCAUUUUACAGUCUCUGUGUGGAUCAGAGAUUUAAGGAAGCUGCUUAUUUUUCAAACAAAGAUGAAGUACUUCUUUAGUCUAAAGGUGUGAUAGUCAGCGCUUCAGGCUUGGUGCCAGAAAUGAGAAAAUGAAGGCUUGAUGAUUCUCUAACAUCAUGCCUUCAUUCAAGGAUGUAAAGAAAAACAGGAAAUCUUAAUGUGAAGAUGCUGAAGCCUGUUUCACACCCAGUGCAGAACAGAUGCUGAGUGAUUUAGUUCACACAGGGAAACAGUUUUUAAAUGUUUCUCCCACAUAAAUCCACAACUAGCAGCUUUCUAGUUUGAAUGAUUUACCUUUAAAUAUAAAAAGUUAACACAAUAA